AAACCCUAACAACCAGAGAAACACCAUACGGCUCUCUAUCCUCUCUUUCCCUCUGCACGUGUACCCUCUCGAACUUCAAGGCCCAUCACCCUCUUCUCCACCGUCCGAUCAACCCCACACGUGUCUAUCAACGUCCAGUUUCGUUUCACCACCCACUAUACCUGCCAACAUUUGCCGUUUGCUCCUCAUUACGUUGAAUUCAUGCCAAUGGAGACGGAGUUAAUCGAGCUAUUUGAAGCGGCGAAGAAGGCGGCAGACGCCGCCGUGGGUGGUGGCGAUGGUGGGGUGGAUUUGUCGCCGGAGGAAGAUCGGUGUCUUGAUGCGUUGAAGACGUUGAAGAAGUUUCCGGUGAAUUACCAGAUUCUUGUUUCUACACAGGUGGGAAAACGUCUUCGCCAACUAACAAAACAUCCAAGAAAAAAGAUCCAAUCAGUUGCUUCCGAACUGGUCGAGAUUUGGAAAAGUAUAAUCCUUCAAGAAACCUUAAAGAACAAGAAAAAUGGAAACUUGGACAUCAAGGAAUCUCCAAAAGGACCAAAACCCGAUCACAAAUCAGAGAUGCUGGAAAAGAAAGCUCAGAGGACGAAUUCCGUCAAGGUUGAAAAGACAGAAGCCACAAAAGUAGAGAAACAUGGUUCUGAAAAGAAGGUGGUUAAUGUUGUCAAAACCGAAAAGAAACCUACGACAAAUGAUGUUUCUGUUUCUCCGAUGAAGCUGAGUUCUCUCGUUUACUGUAAGGAUCCCGUUCGCGACAAAAUUCGAGAACUUCUCGCAGACGCGUUAUGCAAAGUUGCAGGGGAGGUUGACGAUGAUGAAUCAAGGGAUAAAGUGACCGCUAGUGACCCUUACAGGAUUGCGGUAUCUGUUGAGUCAGCAAUGUUUGAAAAAUGGGGAAAGUCUAACGGAACCCAGAAGUUUAAAUACCGAUCGAUAAUGUUUAAUGUCAAGGAUCCGAAGAAUCCGGAUUUCAGAAGAAAAAUACUUUUUGGAGAACUGAAGCCCGAGAGGAUUGUGGAGUUAACGCCUGAAGAAAUGGCGAGCACCGAGCGGCAAAUGCAGAAUGUGAAAAUAAAAGAGAAGGCGUUGUUUGAGUGUGAGCGUGGGGGGCCACCGAAGGCCACCACUGAUCAGUUCAAAUGUGGGCGGUGUGGGAAGCGGAAGUGCACUUAUUACCAGUUGCAGACUCGGAGCGCUGAUGAACCGAUGACGACGUUUGUAACGUGUGUGAACUGUGAUAAUCACUGGAAGUUCUGUUAAGUGGUUGGGUAAUUAGUAAUUUGACAUCAGAAGCUGCGGCGGUGAAUUGCUUUUCACUUGUGUGUCGGCGGUUAAUCUCAGGUCAGGUUAGGUGUUGAGGUAGUUUUAUUCUUUCAUUUUAAGUUUUUUUUUUUUUUUCGUUGAUGUUAGAUGUAGGAGUUGGUCGUGGUUUAAAGAAAUUGUUUAACAUUUAGUUCUGUUGAAUCAUCGUUCAUUUGAUUUUAGUAAUUCUGUGUUGUU